AGCUGUUAUUUUGACGUCAGCAGAAAAUAUACAAAAACGGAAAAUUAUUGAAAUUGAAGAAAAAUCCUGCGAGAAGUUCUGAAAAAACCAAAGCACGUGGAAAAAAUAAAGCUUCAGAGAAACCGAUUAAAAUAAAGAACAAAGAAAAUGAUAAAGCAAAGAAAAAGAAACAAAAAAUAUGAGUCAUCAGAGAGUGAAAGUGACGAGGAAGAAAGCCGAAAUAGUUCAGAUGAUGAAAUAUCCGAGAAAGAUGAAAACAGGUGUCAGGAAUGUACGGAAAAUUAUUAUAAGACGACUUCUAAAGAAGAUUGGAUAAAGUGCCUACCUUGCUCUUUUUGGAUACACGAGUUCUGCAUAAUGUACAAACCGCUUUGUAAUAACUGUUGCAGAAAAGCUAAGAGGGAAGCUAUUAGAAAUAAAAAGAAGAGUCAACCAUGA